GCGAUGCGCCGACCGAGGUGAAGGCGGCGGCUCCACGGUGGCUGGCCGGAAGCUAAGCGGGCCUCGGCGCCCAGCGCACCCCGCCAGGGCAGGCCGGAGCCGCCCUCCUGCUCUGCUGCGCUGAGCCCGAACCAACAAGCCGGCCUCCGGCCCUCAAAGCCAGCCUUCCACCAUGGCUCUGAAGAGAAUCCACAAGGAACUCAACGACCUGGCGCGGGACCCGCCAGCACAGUGCUCCGCAGGCCCUGUCGGGGAAGACAUGUUCCACUGGCAAGCCACGAUCACCGGGCCGAACGACAGCCCCUACCAGGGCGGAGCAUUCUUCUUGACGAUCGAUUUCCCAACAGAGUACCCCUUCAAACCACCCAAGGUUGAAUUCACAACAAGAAUUUAUCAUCCCAAUGUUAACAGUAACGGCAGCAUUUGUCUUGAUAUUCUUCGGUCACAGUGGUCUCCAGCACUAACUAUUUCAAAAGUACUUUUGUCCAUCAGUUCUCUGUUGUGUGACCCCAACCCAGAUGACCCCUUAGUGCCUGAGAUUGCUCAGAUCUACAAAACAGAUAGAGAAGCGUACAACAGAACAGCUCGGGAGUGGACGCAGAAGUAUGCCAUGUAACUAGAGAGCGUUUGGACUCCCUCCACAAAUAAAGCUAGGAGCGCUCUGAGAAAGUCCUGAUGCCCAUUUGACUGUUUCCUACGAAGCCUCGAUGGCCCGCCUCCUUCUUCCUGGUGCGUGCCCGUUCUUCCCGCCGCAGGUCGGACGCACCAGAAACCCCGUGCUGCUGUGCCAACACUGUCUCCUAGCUGAGGAGUGCUUUCCAGGCAUAACCUAGAUGUGAGACCAAACCUUUUCCUUACUGACUCAAGUCUGGGUAGCCACGGGUGAGAGCGUGGUGGUACACACUGCUUCGAAGGGCUAAAGCUCCACCCACCGGUAGGAAAUUGUGAGAUUGUUUUUAAGUGGAUGUCAUCAAAAAUUUUUAAAGUUAUGAAAAGCUAGGUGAAGAACAUGAAAGUGUCUGUACUCGGUCCUAAUGACCUAGAACUGAGAUGCGCAUUACAGCCAGGCAGAGUAAGGCCCACACAGCUCCUGUGUUUCAAAGUCUAACUGGGCAACAAAAAUAGACAGGCUUUGUUCCAAAGUCCUUUGUACCUCCAUGACUCUUCAACCUCCUUUCAGUCUUUCUCUCCAUAUUCUUUAUUGAUGGUUUCUCAAUUGAGACAUCACUAAUUGCUCUUAUUUUUCUUACAUUAACUGCUUAAUUCAUUUGGAUAUAAGGGUAAAAAUGCAAUUUGAUGAAAAAACUUGUGUGUAAAGACCCAAUUGCUCCUCUGGAGCUUGUACAUUCAAGAAUAAUUAAUAUGUGUAAUAAACCAAUUAUCCCAGCCAUUACAAAAAUUUUGUAUGAAUAGGCUUUUUUACUUUAAGAACCGUGUUUGGCUGAAAUUAUUGGAUUUUCCCUCAGCCUUGACAUGCUUUCAUUUAGAGUGUCAGAUUUUCAAAU